UUUUUUUCCAAGGAAAAAUAAUACCGAAAGAACGAUAGUAUGGCAACCGAAUACCUGCCUAAUGAAAGAACAACCGCCCUACUGGCUACUGGGUUGAUAAAACUCGGCAAUAAAACUAUCAACUACUAUCGGGAAGGUCCGCUAGGUGCCCCAGCCAUAGUAUUCACCCAUGGCAUGGGUCUCAGUGACCGUUACUUCGACGAUUUGAUCAGCCAUCUUGGGCUGUGCAACAGGUAUUGCCUGCAUCGAUUCGACUAUGACGGUCACGGUCUAUCACCGGUGUUUGACGCAACGCCAUCAACUGUGGAGUCAUAUGCGGCAGAUUUGGCAGCUUUGUUCCACCAUGCAAACCUCACGUCCAAUGUCGUUCUAAUAAGCCACUCACUGGGCUGCUUUGUGUCAAUGCAGGCUGCAUUGACAGCGCCAAAUGUGGCUAAGGCAACCAAAGCACUCAUUCUGCUGAACUCUCCAGCGCUCCCGAUGUCACCUCCGGGGCUAUACGGCUGCCAGCAACGAAUAGAAAUAAUCAAAAAUAAGGGUAUCGCGGGAACAAUUAAGGCGAUAGUUGAUCUUGACAUUGCCCCCAAGGAGAGCGCAAAAUGCUCACAAUCUCGGAACGAAGCGAUCUCAAAACUUACAAACGCUCUCUCCGUAACGUCUGACUGUGGAUUUAGUCGUGCCAAUCAGGCAGUCGUAGCAUGGGGUUCCCGAGACAUGUGUUUAGAAGAUCUUACCUGCAAGGCUUUGUUGAUUACCGGGGACAAGGACAUGGUCGGAGCACCAUCUCAAACUAUGCAGAUGGCGAGGAGGAUGGCAAAUGCGGAGGUUGUGAUCUUGGACGGAGUUGGCCACCAUCCUGUGUGGGAGGAUAUCUCUACCACUGGACAACUGAUUGAUACUUUCCUCAAGUCCUGCUGGAAUAUUGUAUCGCUAUAGUAGGAC